GCCUACGCUAACCUUUGACCCCAAUUCCAUACGACAACAAAGCUAAGAAGCUAAGCCAUGUGGUGCAGACUAACCCAGCUCAUUCUCCAAGGGAGAGUCCAGACCUCCACAUCCUUAGUCCGCCGUUCUCUGAGCAGUGUUACUAGUAACUCCUCCUCAGGUGGCAAAGGUGACUCCUCCCAGAGCACCAGCGGCAAAGACACCUACCAAGUCCCUGAGUAUCAUCGGUACAAACCGUUCUCCUAUUAUGACAUCGACGUGGCGAUGGUGAAGCACCGUCUAGAGCAGCCUCAGCCUGGGGGCAAGUACUAGAGGAACACUCAGAGAAUAUUGUGUAAGGUAUUCUUUAUGUUGGUGUAUUUAUCAGCGCUUUAAGUUUAGCACCUGCGUGAGGUGAUUAUCAGUGUUUUGUGUAUCAGUACGACCUUCAUGCAAUUGAUUUUGAUUAGCUAGUAUUAUCAUCGACAUUAUUGCUUGUACAUAUAGCACAAAUUUAAGGUUAUACAGUCCUGUG